UAACGAGAGCUGGAUAGCGUGUGCCUCAGCACUGUGGCCUCAGCUGUCCUCUUCACUGACAGGAAAAUAAUAGUCUUGUUUAGUGUGGGGGCGAAUUGUAGGAAUGUUUAAACAGAGUGAACAAGUUGCUAGCUGAUACUAUGUGUCUCCUAUGGCUUUUUUUGUUGUUGUUGUUGUUUUGCUUUGUUUUGUUUUGUUUAAUGGUUUAAUAUUUUUUCACUGCAGACUUUAGAAGGCAAACCUAGCUGUCCUGUAGAAAUGAACUGAUGGAAACUGCACCCCUGAGGUCAGGAAAACACACUUUCCUCAUCAUGAACUCAGGCAUACCAGCUCCGUUCUUUCUUUCUCUCAUCCUUCACUGAGACAUUCCACACUCAGCUGACAUUCUUGUGCUCACUCGCUCUCAAAUUGAAGGGCCCCUCUGGAGGACGGAGAGACGCAUCACGUGCUUUAGGCUACCCAUCCCUCUCCUCCUCUUCUCUCUCUUCAGCCCAGUCUGUUUUCCUUCUUCCCUGUGCGCACAGUCAGCAAGGAGAGUCCAGAGCGAGCACCGUGACGAGUCCCGGAUAAUUCCGUUACUGAUCCGGAUCUGGAGAUAUUGCGAUUGUUCCCACGAGGAUGUUCUCGAGGCAGCCAGGACCGUCGAGGUGUGCUUUCGCGUCUCCACCGUUCUCACACUUCUCCUCGGUCGAGCCUGAGUGGCACUGCGCUCGCGCCGGCGUCUGUGGAAGCACGCAAACUUAACCAGGGUGACUCCGGCGGAUUCACAGCAGAAGUCUGUGACGCACUGUGACUUUAAGGUGCAGGGAAAGCGGGAAGAAACUGACAAUUUGGCGUCUUCUAAAAUAAGGGAGGUUUUUGGUAGCAGCUUCCGGAUCGGUGAGAAUGCAGCCGGUACGGAGCGCAUGAGGAAACGUGGACAAACUGCGAGUCUUUGCUAAUUCGUUCCUGGAAGAUUUCGACGUGUGCAUCGGAUGUGCGCAGGAGUUUGUAUCCGCUAAUUUUUUGAGGACAAGCGCCUGGUUUUAUGCGCGAAAUGUGUGAAAUGCGCACCCCGCGACCCGUCGACUCCACUUGGCCAUUGCGCUUUUGGCCGAGACGCACCCAAGGCCAGCUGCACAUGAAAGAGCAAAAUGUAUAACAUGCAAAAUUUCACGUAUUUCUAAUGCGUAAAUGCGUUUGAGGAUUUCUGGGUAACUAUAUGCGUCAUUUCGUAACUUUGCUGCGUCUGUUUUGGAACGUGGAUUUCUACAUUAGAGCCUAACUGAGUGUUUAUUAUUUAUUUUUCCCCCAUCUAUUUUUUUCGUCUUCGUUUUUCCGCGGUCAUGCUCCGGCAAAUGCUCUUGAAUUCGACGGCGGCGGCGGCGCGAGACUUGGACGCUAUAAGCCAGACGCACGCGCCGGCUCCUCUGGACGUCUCACACGCGCCCGUGAGUGUGUCGGCGCUGCUGAAGCCCGCGGGUCGCGGAGGCGCAGGCGGGGGCGCGCUGCGUGGAGGCGAGCUCAGUAAACCGGACCUGACGACCUACGUGGUCAUGUGCAUAGUGCUCUUCCUCCUCGUGCUGCUAAUUGUGGUCUUCAUCAACUGCCAACUGCGCAACUCGUUCUUCGCCUCCACGCCGUAUGACCGCUCUCUGCGCGAGGCCCGAACCUCGUAUAAAUGA